CCUAUCUUCAGGUCACUUCCUUACGCACGCUUACUCACGGGCGACGUUCGAUGACUUAACCAGCAAGGCCAGGCCCUCGAUGCUAGCGUUCUGAACAAUUGUUUCCCUGGAGCAGAUCGGACAACAGUCGUUCCUUCUCGAUUCAUCCAGGUCGACGAAGUCCCCAUCGUGUAUGGCUCGUAUGGACGAGAAGGCGUAGGAGGAACCUGGGCCGCAUCCCGCAUUCUGCACCAACCCCCCAUAUAAGGAGGAGGGCCGGCGGCAGCCCAGGACACAUUGAGAAAAGAGACUCCGGAUCUCCCUCAUCAUGUCCAGCAACCAACUGCGGAGAACCGCCCGACCCGAAACGACCAGACGGGUGAUCUCUACUGCGUCCCGCCGCCCCCUUGGAAAACCCAGCUACGCGGAAAGCCGUUGCCCGCAGCGGAGUUCCACCCCACAAGCGGAGAGCCGCAACUUGUCCCGCUGCCGCCGCCGCCGCCGCCGCUACCCCGGACCGGCAGCGACUGCUCCGUCCGUACGUUACUAGGAAGUCUCCCAGGGCACAGGCAAAAUCGUUGGUUGGCCGUUAGGAUUGUCGGUAACCGAGUCGCCCCAAGCAAGAAGGGGGGAGGG